AUGGAAAACGUCUUCAACACGGGCGCGUCUACCACGUACCGUAUAGGCUAUCCACUUCACAGCUCGUUCCUCCCGCCCAUCAAGUUUCAUCAAGUGCCCGCUAUCCAGCUUCGGGAAGAGCCUAAACUACCGCCGAGGAAAUUCCCAAUAUCUCCCGCCGGCCCCACUCGGCAGUGGGAGAAAGGCACGUGGCAGGUCCUCCUUCCUGAUAUCAAGCCUUUUACAGAUAAGCCGAUCGUCCGUGCACCGCCUCCCCAGGAAUUCACAAGCCAUCUUCAGAUCAAAGCACCAAAAAUCCAGCCUAAAUUUCGCCAGAAACGUCCGAGAACACCAGAGGAACAAGAGCCACCUCUCAAGGGGCUCAACGAGCCGUUGCCCCCGGUGGUGCCGCACUGUGCAGACGGCUACCCGGAGGAGGUCGAGGAAGGGUGGGUGGAGGAACUGUGUCGAUCCUAUCACUGGAAAACGACCAGCAAAGAGGCUGCUAAAGAAGGCUGUCUCGAGGUUUCUGAAAUCGAUCCGCCAAACUCAACCCUUGAGCAGAAGUCUGAUGUCAUCAUGUCUCGACCAAUGAGAUACGACGCCAAUGAGCGUCCGUGGCAACGGGUGGUUCCCCUGUGGGAUAGACUUCAGUCACGCCCCCAUGUGGGGAAAAAUGUCAGCAGCCGACAGAUCGGCAAGACCAUGUUAAAUGCAGACAGCCAACCUCCCACAAAAACAGCGAACAUAUCUCUUGACGAGAAGAUUGCUAUGAUGGGAAGCGAAGAUAAACUGUCUUCAAUGUUUGUGCGCAAGUGUCCCGGUUACGCUGGUUACGUGCCAAGAUCGCCACAUAAUGUUGCCAUGGAAACCAGCCGUCUUCUUGAUCUACGAACAAUGACAACCAUGAAAUCAAGCUACAGACCAUUCGCCACCAAAGAGUACACGACGAAGAACUUCGCGCACCGAGGCCCUUUGUCACGGACAGUAACACUUACGUAUCCCUACAACCCAUACAACAAAGUGGAGAAUCGGGCUAAAGGAAUCGAACAGAAAUGGUAG